GAGUGUGUGCAUCGACCACAAUGGCAUUUCUUUCGAUACGACUAGUGGCCACAGCUGCAGCGAAAAGUGCCAAUGCAAACCUGGCGAAGAAUAUCAGAAAGUGUACCCUGGAUCGGCAGAUUGGUUCCGUCGCACGGUUCAGCUCCGCUGUCUAUCGGCUGCCACAGAAGCACUAUGAAGUGCAGCAACGUCAACAGCAUAGCCAGGCGACCCUGCUAAACGCUGCAAUCGUUUCAGAUCAGCAUAUCAACAUGGCCACUCCGAGCCGCGAUCUCACGAUACAAGAAACCUCUCGCAGUCUCCAACUGUACUCCAAAGAUCUGAAUCCCAUUGAGAAAGAUGCAAAGACACUACGAGUUGGAAACAUCUCGGACAAGCCAACUGUGCUGAUCUUCGCGUGGCUGAACGCCAAGCAGAAACACCUGGCCAAAUACGCCAAGUUGUACAUCGAGCAGGGCUAUGACGUUGUGGUGACCCAGCUGACCCCCUGGCAGCUACUCUGGCCCAUGAAGGGCAGUCAGCUCGUGGCAGCCGACAUCGUCAAGUUCUUGAAGAACAACGAGUUCAAGAAUGAUCUUCUGUUUCAUGAUUUCUCCGUCGGAGGUUACUUGUAAGGUGAGUGUCUGGUGCACAUUGCGCGGGAUCUGCAAAACUACCAGGUCGUGCUGGACCGCGUCAAGGGUCAUAUCUGGGACAGUGCAGCCGAUAUUACGGAAAUUCUGGAAGGAGAACCCCGCGCCCUGUUCCCUCGUAAUCCAACCUUGAAGAAUGCGCUUCGGAAAUACAUGAUUUACCACAUGAAAGCUUUCCACGAACCAGCCACAUCGCAUUACAUACGAUCAAGCCAGAUGUUCCACACCAACCUGCUGAAAUGUCCAGCAUUCUUCCUGUGUUUGAAAACGGAUCCCGUUGAAACGGAAGUCGCGAACAGACGCGUGUGAGACAGCUGGGAGAACAAUGGCG